AACAACUACACUCUUCGGUAUCUCCGCCCUCUUCACUCCCAACCACCGAACCACCCUCCGCCAUCUUUACCUCCCACAUUGUUAAUCUCGCCCUCCUCCACCUCAAAUACAAACCCCCCAUCAUUUUCAUCUCCUAUACUCUUCUCUGUACAAUGGCUUCCUCAGCUCUCUCUCAUUCGAUCCUUUCUCCACUCAAUUCUCACUCCCCAAAUCGAACCCUUGAUACCGUCUCUGUAUCCUCUUUCAAUCGAGUUUCUAUCCCAAGACUCUCCAGAUCCCCCCUGUUAUCGACUCAAUUGAAGACAAGACAAACCAGUUUCAUCGCCAAUUGUGCUUCAAAUGCGAGUGAUAGCUCAAAAGAUGAAACCCCAAUUGAACUCAGGUUUCCUGCAUUUCCUACGGUUGUUGAUAUCAAUCAGAUUCGUGAGAUUUUGCCACACCGAUUUCCAUUUCUUUUGGUGGACAGGGUGAUUGAGUACAAUCCAGGAGUUUCAGCAGUCGGCAUCAAGAAUGUGACUAUCAAUGAUAACUUUUUUCCCGGCCAUUUUCCUGACAGACCAAUUAUGCCUGGUGUUCUCAUGGUUGAGGCAAUGGCACAAGUUGGUGGUUUGGUAAUGCUGCAACCCGAAGUGGGGGGCUCACGUGACAGUUUCUUCUUUGCUGGAAUCGACAAGGUGAGGUUCAGAAAACCGGUGAUUGCUGGAGACACUUUGGUCAUGAGAAUGACACUCACCAAGCUUCAGAAACGAUUUGGAAUCGCAAAGAUGGAAGGGAAGGCGUAUGUUGGAGGCGAAGUAGUCUGUGAGGGCGAGUUCUUGAUGGCCAUGGGCAACAGUGAGUGAUAUCUUUCGUUUUCUAUAACAUCUGUGCUAGUUGAAAUUUUGCACAUUUUUCGAUUUUCUGUUAAUUUAAACUGGUUUCGUGCUUUAAUUAGAACCUGUAUUGAGUUAAGCGAAUCCAUGGGAUUCUCGCAAGAACUUUGUUAUAAUAUAAUCCUCGAGGAGAUGAUAUAUCUUGAAGUGUUUGAAGC